AUGGCUAAAGCUGUCGCAGAUGUGGACGGAGCGAAUACGGGAGGCUUCUCGACGGACAACUCCAACAUUACUGGAUUUUCUGCGCUUCACGAUUCUGGUACUGGUGGAAACCCAAGUCUAGGCAACUUUCCCAUAUUUCCGCAGCUCUGCUCAAGCGAGGACAUCAAUACCUGCAAGUUUCCAAUCGCAGCACGAGCGACACAGUACAAGAACGACUCCAUCAAAGCAAAGCCAGGCUACUUUGGUGUCACGCUCGUCAAUGGCAUUCAAGCUGACAUGGCUGUCUCGGAACACGCGGCGCUGUUUCGGUUCAAUUUUACGGAGGCAUCAGCCGGUAAUAUCAGUGUAGAUCCAAUGAUCAUGCUCGAUCCUUACGGAUCUUUGGAAGAUGGAGGCACGACCGGGAGUAUGAGAGGCAAUGGCACAUUUCUACCCAGUUUCGGUGCUGGGUCGUAUGGUGCUUACUUCUGUCUUCAUACAUCAGGUGGUAAGAUCAAAGAUUCGGGAGUGUGGGUGAAUGAUCGCGCUGGGUCGGAGCCGAAAGAGCUUUUUGUGACGCGCGGCUUCAACCUGUUCUAUCUACAAGCCGGCGGCUAUCUUCGAUUCCAAGGACCAGUAUCAGGACCCAUUCUAGCACGUAUGGGACUAAGUUUUAUCAGCACGGAGCAAGCUUGCCAGAACGCUGAGCGAGAGAUACCUGGACCGGAAUUUGACUUCGACGGCCUGGUCACUGCAGCUGAGCAGGCAUGGCAUAAGAAAUUUACACCGAUUUCCAUCGAGGCAAAGGGCAUUAAUGAUAGUAUACAGACCAGCUUCUGGAGUGCUGUUUACAGGACCAUGAUUUCUCCACAAGACUACACUGGAGAAAAUCCGCAUUGGCAGAGCGACGUGCCAUACUACGAUUCCUGGUAUUGUAUUUGGGAUAUGUGGAGGGUCCAACUUCCGUUUUUAACUGUUCUCGACCCUGCAGUGAUGUCGAAAAUGGCGACGAGUUUGCUCGACACGUACAAGCACCGUGGCUGGUUACCAGACUGCAUGAUGAGCACCUGCAAAGGCUGGACACAGGGCGGGUCCAACGCAGACAAUGUCCUAGUCGAUGCAUACGUCAAGAACCUCACAGGUAUCGACUGGAAUCUCGCAUACGAAGCGAUUGUCAAUGACGCGGAGAACGAGCCUUUGGAGUGGAACAAGGAAGGCCGUGGGGGCUUGACCAGCUGGAAGAGGCUCAAUUAUAUUCCGUCUUCGGACUUCGAUCCUAUCGGCUUUGGCACAAACUCGCGAAGCAUCUCCCGAACUCUGGAGUACAGUUACAACGACUUCAAUUUGGCUACUCUUGCAAACGGCAUAGGAAAGAAUACCUCAUCAAAGUAUCUCGCGCGAGCUACGAACUGGGAGAACCUGUUCAAAGCAGAUCAAAAGUCAUCCAUCAAUGGUGUGGAUACUAACUUCACGGGCUACUUCCAACCGAAGUAUCUGAACGGUACCUGGGGUUACCAAGAUCCUAUCGACUGUAGUCCACUGACCAGUUUCUGUUCGCUUACGUCCAACCCGAGAGACACUUUCGAAUCCAGUAUUUGGGAGUACCAAUUCUUUGUGCCUCACGAUGUUGGGAAAGUCAUCGAUCUCCUCGGUGGCGACGACACUUUCAUUAAGAGGCUGAACUUCUUCCAUACGUCAGGCCUCGCUGAUAUUGGCAAUGAACCCGUCUUCCUAACGGUUUUCAUGCCUCACUAUGCAGGCCGGCCCGCACUUUCUGCCGAAAGAGUGCAUUAUUGGAACGAUGAUUCUGGCGCCAUGGGUGCCUUUACGAUCUUCAGCAUGCUCGGCCUUUUCCCCAAUCCCGGUCAAAAUGUCUACUUCAUCACCCCACCUUUCUUCGAGAGCUUCAGUAUCACUAGCCCAGUCACUAACAAGACGGCGACGGUCCGCAGUACCAACUUCGACAGCACAUACAAGAAUAUAUACAUUCAGAGUGCUAAGCUCAACGGUGAGACAUACACAAAGAAUUGGAUUGGCCAUGAAUUCUUUACGCAAGGUUGGACGCUGGAGUUGGUACUCGGAGACAAGGAAAGCGAUUGGGGAACGAAGGCUGAAGACAGGCCACCGAGCAUGUCGGAUGCACAAGGCAGUAUGCAGAUGUAA